AUGGCAUUAGCGGCAUCGCAGCCUCCAUACUGGCGUUCGUCAAAGGCAGAUGAGUACAGGGAAUUGAAUCUGCUUGGAAAAGGAGCCUACGGUGUUGUCUACCAUGUAACUCACACCCCGACCAUGAAUGAAUAUGCACUAAAGAAGAUUGUAGUGGGUGUGAAUGACGACGGAGUCCCUCAAAGCGUGCUGCGCGAGAUCUCGAGCAUGAUGGCGCUCAGACGAUUACGUCAUAGGAAUAUCACAUUAUUACAUGAUGUCUUUCACACUUUGGAAAACAACGGCUGUGAUCUUCACAUCAAUAUGGUCGUAGAGAAAUGUGAUUGGGAUCUUUACUCUUUUCUCAAGGAUAUUCCUCGUGACAUGCCAGAUCACCAGUGUAGACUUAUAGCAAAGCAGAUUUUCGAAGGUGUCGACUUUUUGCACAGUAACAAUAUCGUUCAUCGUGAUUUGAAGCCUCAAAACAUUCUCAUUAAUCGCGACCAAACAGUAAAGAUAGCGGAUUUUGGCUUGUCAAGAACUUACACUACUCAGAGUUGUUUUACAACAGUGGUUGUGACUCUUUGGUACCGAAGCCCAGAGCUACUUCUACAGUGCAGUUACAACACAGCUGUAGACAUUUGGGCUGUUGGAUGUAUAGUGAGUGAACUCUACCAGAGAAUUCCGCUGUUCCCUGGGCAAACAGAGGCUCAACAGCUCAGUAUCAUUUUCCAGAAAAUGGGAACGCCUCGGUCAUCGCUAUGGCCUCAUGAUGCUGUUGUUGAACGUUCAAACUACCCCUCAUAUCCUGCACAGCCGCUAGAAAGAUUGAAUCCAAGACUGCCCGCCGAUGCAGUACCAGUGAUCAGUGGUUGUUUGACGUUCGCAACGGAACAACGCCUUACCGCUCGAGAAGCACUUCGCUUGCCGUUCUUCAGUCAAAUGCCUAAGACGGUAGGGCUGAUACAUCGCUCAUUAUUAAUACUUAGAGGAUCGGACUCGUUGAAUUUUUUGCAGGGUCUAGUCACAAACGAUGUUAGAAAAGUCCAGUCAUCACAGGGAAUUGCUGCCUUCCUCCUCAACCUUAAAGGAAGAAUAGUAGAUGACAUUUUGAUAUCGCGGGAUGAUGGCGACAUUUUUGUGGAGUGUACAGCGUCGAACCAGAAAAAUCUGAAGGAUCUGUUGCUGAAGUACCGCAUGCGAAAGAACAUGCCGAUGUGGCUGUCACGACACAUGAAUUCCCGAACUCAUUCCCUGAUCCGAGGGAGGCGUCUCUACGGUGAUAAUGGGAAUGACGAAGUCAGUGAAUAUCAUGACAAACGAAGAGUGCUGGGAAUCGCCGAAGGUUGCGAUGAAUGGGCGGACUCCUUCCUUUCCAUGUAA